UUGGAUUCUCCACAGUCGAGCUUCAACUGUUCUGAGAUGAUGUCGCCGUGGGAGAAUCGCAUUUGGCUGCCUCUGGCGGUGGCCACCCUUCUGGUGCUCCUGGCCCCACACUCCUCCCUUGCCGAGGAGCCCAUCUAUCGCCUCUGCGUGCCCCAAAUUUACUUGGCCGAAUGCCAGCAGCUCCUCGCUGAUCCUUCGGAGGCGGGCAUCCGGAUGGAGUGCGUCGCUGGACGGGAUCGGGUGGACUGCCUGGAGCUGAUCGAGCAGCGGAAGGCCGAUGUGCUGGCCACCGAGCCGGAGGACAUGUACAUCGCCUACCAUCGCAAGAACGAGGACUACCGCGUCGUCUCCGAGAUUCGCACGCAGCAGGACAAGGAUGCCGCCUUCCGCUACGAGGGCAUCAUCCUGGUGAAGAAGGACUCCCCCAUCCGGACGCUGCAGCAGCUGCGCGGCGCCAAGUCCUGCCACACGGGAUUCGGACGCAACGUGGGCUACAAGAUCCCCAUCACCAAGCUGAAGAACACGCACAUCCUGAAGGUGUCCGCCGAUCCGCAGAUCUCCGCCACGGAGCGCGAGCUCAAAUCGCUCUCGGAGUUCUUCAGCCAGUCCUGUCUGGUGGGCACCUACUCCACGCAUCCGGACACGGAUCGCCUGCUCAAGAAGAAGUACUCGAAUCUGUGUGCGCUCUGCGAGAAGCCGGAGCAGUGCAACUAUCCGGACAAGUUCUCCGGCUACGAUGGCGCCAUUCGCUGCUUGGACAAGGGACAGGGCGAGGUGGCCUUCAGCAAGGUGCAGUACAUCAAGCGGUACUUCGGCUUGCCCGGCGCUGGAGCGGAUGCCCCCCAACCGGAAGGGGAUCCCGAGAAAUUCGAGUACCUGUGCGAGGAUGGCAGUCGACGACCGGUGACCGGACCCGCUUGCUCCUGGGCCCAGCGUCCCUGGAGCGGUUACAUUUCCAACGAGAACGCCGUCCACAAUGCGGAGCAACUGCAUCAGCUGCAGUCGCGUCUGGAGCGAUUCUUCGCCAAUGGCUUGCAGGCACAGAACAAGGAUGCCGCCGCCCAUCUGCUCAUCCAGCCGAACGCCGUUUACCACAGCAAGGACGCGGCCAUCGAUCCGAAGGUCUAUCUGGAGCGGGCUGGCUACAAGGAUGUGAUCGAGCGGGAUGGAAGUGCCAUCAGGAAGAUCCGGCUGUGCGCCCAGAACGACGACGAGUUCGCCAAGUGCCAGGCUCUGCACCAGGCGGCCUACGCCCGCGACGCUCGUCCCGAGUUGGAGUGCGUUCAGUCCACCGAUUGCGUGGUGGCCCUUUCCAAGAAGGAGGCCGACCUGGCCGUGAUCACCGCCAGGGGAUACGCGGACGCACGCCGCAACCAGCUGCAGCCGGUGGUCUACGAGCAGCGGGACGACCAGGACGUCCUCGUCGCCGUCGCCGCUCCGGGAGUUACGAGGGAGGCCCUCCAGAAGGCCAGCAUCAAAUUCGAUGAGACUUGUGGACGUUCUCGAGUGGCCGCUGGGUUCCUGAACAAGCGACGUGGCUUGGACGCCUGUCGAGUGUCCUCCAGUCCGGAUGGCGAGGUGCAGAUCAUUCCCGCCUCCGAGCUGGAGAAGCACAAGGACUCGCAGCUGGUGUGUCCCAGCUUGGAGCGCCAACCUGUCACCGAGUUCCGCACCUGCAACGUGGAUGUCGUCCUGCCGCGAGCCAUCUUCAUCCGAUCGGACACCACCAAUGUGGAACAGGAGACGGUGAAGCAUCUGUUCUCCUUGAUCUCGGAUAAGUUUGGAGCCCGUGGCAAGUUGGUGGAUGUGUUUGCUUUGUUCGGGGAAUUCCAGAAGGGCAAGAAGAACGUCUAUUUCCACGACAAUGCUGUUCAACUGGCCACGGAGAAAAAGAGCGAAAUCCAGGACGAGCAAUUGUUUGCAGAUCUCCAGUGCGAAAAUAACAAGAUCGGCAAGCAGUAAGCCGAUUUUACCAUUUAAUUAUUUUCCAAGCUCUCAAUCUGCACCAAUAAAUUUUAUCCUUAAUAAUGCUAAAAAAAAA